AGCAUCUUUUGAGUGCAUUCAGCUUGCAGCAGCUUAGGAGGCAGGAAGGCAGGCAAAGCAGAGGGGAGAGAGCAGCAGCACCUCACCGAAGGGGGCGACACCAUACCUCUCUCUCAGACACACUCUUAGACACAUCACGCACACACAUUUGUGAGGAGCCAAGAAACCAAGAGAAACACUUAGAGAGCAUCUAAUCGACCAACUGAGAGACCGACCUUUCGACCGCAAUCAUGAACUUCCUCCGACGCCGCCUGUCUGACAGCAGCUUCAUGUCCAACCUACCCAAUGGCUACAUGACAGAUCUCCAGAGGCCUGACCCACCUGCUCCCCCUCCUCCCACCGCCUCCUCCCCUUCCCAGCAGGGCGCACCCCCUGCCACAGCGCCCGUCCCUGCCCAGUCCCCGACCAAAGCUCCAGCACCAUUGCAGGCUCCAGCCAGCUCCCCCGCAGCUCAGGAGCGGCGUCCAACCCAACUGGCUCAGCAGCCCCAACAGGCCCAGUCCUCCUCCUCCGGUGGUUCCUCUGGCUUCUUCAGCUCCUUCAGCACCAUCACCAAUGUGGUCAAACAGACGGCCGCGUCUGCUGCCGGGUUUGUGGAGCAAUCGGCUCCCUCUGCUUCCCUCUCCAAGAAGUUCAAGAUCCUGUUGGUCAUUGAUGAGCCCCAGCAUGAGUGGGUCAAAGUGUUUCGGGGAAAGAAAGUCCUUGAGGACUACGACAUUAAAGUGGAACAGGCUGAGUUCUCAGAGAUCAACCUCGUCUCACAUUCAAAUGGAACCUGUAAUGUGGAUAUGCAGGUCAUCAGGGGUGGUACCAAAGUGGUCAGGUCUUUCAGGCCUGAUUUUGUCCUGGUGCGUCAGCAUGCCUUCAGCAUGGCCCAGAAUGAGGACUUCAGGAACUUGAUCAUUGGUCUGCAGUAUGCCGGUGUCCCCGCUGUCAACUCCCUGGACUCCAUCUACAACCUCUGUGACAAACCUUGGGCUUUUUCCCAGCUGAUCAACAAUCAGAAGAGGCUGGGUUCAGAUAAGUUCCCUCUCAUUGAUCAGACUUUCUACCCCAACUACAAAGACAUGAUUACAACACCAAGCUUCCCAGUAGUGGUGAAGAUCGGACAUGCCCAUUCUGGAUUGGGAAAGGUCAAAGUGGACAAUGUCAGUGAUUUCCAGGACAUUGCAAGUGUGGUGGCCAUCACUCAGACCUACUGCACUACAGAGCCAUUUAUAGAUGCCAAGUACGACAUCAGGGUCCAGAAAAUCGGCUCUGACUACAAAGCAUACAUGCGAACAUCCAUCUCUGGUAAUUGGAAGAGCAACACUGGAUCUGCCAUGUUGGAACAAGUAGCCAUGACUGACAAGUAUAAGCUGUGGGUUGAUACCUGCUCAGAGAUCUUUGGGGGGCUGGAUAUCUGUGCUGUCAAAGCCAUCUGUGGCAAGGAUGGUAAUGACUACAUUACUGAGGUUGUCGGUUCAUCUAUGCAGCUGAUCGGUGACCACCAAGCAGAAGACCGCCAGCUGAUCUCAGAGGUGGUGAUUACUAAGAUGAACCAAGCAUUGGCUGCCAGGUCGUCUAGUGCAUCCCGCUCACCUGCUCGCUCCCCUCAAGGCCAGAGACCAACUACUGCACAGCCCCAACAGAGUGCUCCCCUUAAGGAAGGACUGGCAGAUCCAAACAGGACCUCGGGCCAGCGCUCCCAAAGUCAAGGUGCACCAGUGAAAUCACAGAGUAUGGACCCAUCAUCAGAAUCAACUAAGAGAGCAGCUGAACCAGUACCAAAGACCAGCCAGGCCCAGAAACCUGGUCCAGGUUCAGCUCAGAAGCCAGGCCCAAUCCAGAAGGCUGCCUCAGUCACAAAACCUCCAGUGCCGAGGCCUCCCCCAAUGACGAGAGCCCCAUCCGUCACAAAAUCAGCUCACGAUUCUGCUUCCACCCCCACCCCAGACAAAGCUUCACCAUCAUCCCCAGCUAAAGCAGCUGCAGCCACAGCAGGCGCCCUUCCAGCCUCAGCUCCCACCACGGAGCAGCCCAAGCCCCAGCCUCAGGGCUCCCCAUCCCCAGCUCCUGGCAAACCAAAAGAGCUUCCCCCCAAACCCACACCACCUGCAAAGCCUAUCCCACCUGUCCGCAGGAAUUCAAAGCCGCAGCUCCAGCCAAAACCACAAACCCCGCCUCCUCCCAGAGCUUCGCCUAAACCCCAGGCCACUGCAGAAGCCCCAGCACCUGCUCAGGCCUCAGAUGUUCCCUCAGCCCCCGCCCCAGCACAGGUCCAGUCCCCACCUAAUGUCCAGUCUCCAGCUAAGGCUCAGCCCCAGGCCAAACCAGCCUCUUCUUCUCCAAACCCUGAGUCUGGCCCAACAGAAGCAGCUGCAGCCUCCACCGAGACCCAGGCCCCUGUGGAAGAACAGCCAGGAUCCCAACAAAAGACCCAUCCUCUGCUGAAUAAGUCCCAGUCUCUGACCAAUGCCUUCAACGCCUUCAGUGACUCCUCUUUCUUCCGCGGGGUCUCAAGCUCCGGAGGUGACGGGCAAGACGAAGCAAAAGCCGAGACCAUUCGCAACCUCCGAAAGUCCUUCGCCAGCCUUUUCUCUGACUAGACACACCCCGAUCCAUUUUCCACACCCUUACUGAUUCUGGGCCUUCUUUUACCUUUGGCCAGUGAUGACUUGAUUGACAUUUAAUGUGAAGCAGUCUGAGAUUUAACUUUGUGUGUUAAUUGUACUGUAUUCCCUCUGUCCCCAUCCCUCUUCUCCUCUGCUUUCAGCUUCUCUGUGUGAGUAACAGUGAGGCAUGCUGGGUAACAUGUUCAUUGAAUGAUGCUGUGCCAGAGCAACUGGACUGAAGGAGUUAAGUCAUUGAUAUACAUUGACAUAUAUACUGUAUAGAAUAGAAUAGAAAAGAAUAGAAUAGAAUAGUCAAACUAAAUGUUUAUUUUUCCCAGAGCACACUUCUGAAGUAUAUGAAAAGUAUAAUGUUCAAAACUACAAAUAGAAUGUAUAUACAGUAUUUAAAAAUAUAUAACUAUAAAGGGAGAUAAGCCAAUAACAAGAAAAAAAGAUCCAGUAGCACUUUUCAAUUAGCUUUUGUCAGUGACAUAACUCUUUCAUUCAAUGGCUGGAUUUAUACAAAUGUUAAAAAUUAAUUAGAUAUUUGACGUUUGAUGCCACAGCAAAUGAUUUUUGGUCAGUACGUGAAAGUGUGUGAGUAAAAGACUUCAAGGAAUUGUUCCUGUGUAAAUUCAGCCGUACUGUCUCUGGUCCUUGGCCACUGACUACUGGGCUCGUCGCUGAUGCCCCUUUUUUGUCUACAAACCUUGAAGUUCAUUGUCGUGUGAGGGAGUUGGAAAUAUGUGUACGUUCAUCUGUGUUCAAUUGUUAUGCAUGGCUCCUCCAAGUGGUUCAGUGUGACUUUUAGAGCAGAAGAGAGCUCUAUCAGUGUUGAGAUUUGCCCUCCGUUGCCCCUCUCUCUCUUGGUGUUGUAGCCUUAUUGUGAUCAUGUUUUCAAUUCACAGCUAUGUUUGUUAGCUGUGCAGACCUGGGUCAAUUACAGCUCAGAAUUCAUUCAUUUACUUCAGCAAUUUGAAUUUGUCAACUGUCGAGGGCCAGACUGAUUGCAGCUGUUAUAGUUUUGGGAGUUUUGGGGUUGGUCUUACCACACCAGACUGAAGAAAUCAGCCCUAAGAAGUAAAUGAAUGCAAUUUAAAUAGAAACUCAUGUCUGUCACUGUUACUGGUGAUUUUCCUGUUUCACCUCUGUGUAGAUCUAUCAACAGUAUUGUAAUUUGUUGAUUAUUCUCAUAAAAAGACAUUGAAACAGCAGUGCAAUAGCACCUCAACAUGACUGUUGAGCACUGUCACCUUAUUAUAAGUAUAAAUAUGGUCAUACAUACAGGACCCGUGUAGCCGUUAAACACCUUAUUCUCUUACAUUCCCUUUAAGAUUUCAUUCAUUGGCGACAAUCUGGCUUGCUUUUUAUUGAAAUCAGAGGCUGGGCUGCAGGUGAAUAUGUCACUGUAUUAAAGUAUUGGUUUUGUGAUUAAUCCCAUUUGUACUGGUUGACUAAAUUUAAGGUAACCUGGAAUGGACUCAGUACCUUGAUUGGUCAUUUGCAGUUGAGUUGGUGCAUUUCGAGUCCAUAUGUGUAAAACAAAAAAACAAAACAAACAAACAAAUCUCCAACACUUAAAAACUGCAUAUCAACUUGUCUGCUUAUCCAUCAUCAAUACUACUACAGUAUGUUGCAAGUAAAUCAUAACAUAUUGUAUUUGUACGUAUGUAUGUGUCAUCUCAGGAGUUUAUUUUUUGUAAUAUAUUAACUUAUUUUUUGAAGCUCCGGUAUAUAUUGUUUUGUAUUGUGUUUUUAUUUGUUAUGCAAUACUGCUUUGCAUGAUCUGGUGACUGAUGUUUUUUUUUUCUGUACAGAUUAAAGUUAAUAAAGGUGUGGUUCCAUCGUU